AUGGAUUAUGCAAAUCUGGGAGGAUAUCCCGAUGUGCUAGAUAUUCUCUAUGUGAUGCAUGCACGUGGUCAGUGCCCUAAUUUCAUUACUUACAAUAUCUUAUUGGAUGGGUUGUGCAGAAGCAGACAUCUUGAAGAGGCUGUUGAAUUAUUUUUGAAAAUUAUUGGUAAAGGGAUUCGUCCUAAUGUAGUUGCAUGUAACAUACUUAUUAAUGGAUUGUGCAAAGGUGGAAGACUUAAAACUGCACAACAGUUUGUCUGGCAUAUCCACAAUAACGGCUACCAAUUGAAUGUCUUAACAUAUAAUGCCAUGAUUGCUGGGUUUUGUAAAGAGGGCUUGUUCAACGAAGCCAUGGCUUUGCUUCCAGAAAUGGAUAAAAAUAGUUGCUUUCUUGACAUAGUAACUUAUGAAAUACUUAUAAGGGCUCUUCUUGAAAAGAAUGAAAAUCAUAAGGCAGGAAAGCUUCUUUGUGAAAUGAUUUCUAAGAGAGUUAUGAGGCAAUAA